AUACCGUGCCCGAUGUUCACCGCCGCUGUAUUUGCGGAAACCAGCACAUCUCUGGCGAACAAUAUUCUCGAUAUCAAUAUAGCCGAAACUUCAGCCACGAUUAACGGCGUACGAUAUAUAAUGUCCACCAGAAGGCUUAAAGACGAAGUUUUCAAUUUCAAGGGUUAG